AUGGGAAAAGAUAUAAACAUGUUUCAUUUAAUAGAACAUGAUGUCUCUUUUGAUCAGAACGAAACUGAAGCUAGAGAAAUAAAUGAUGAAUUUGCAGUUCUGAUACCAGAAGAAGAUCUUAUGGCUUCGAUGAGUCUUAAUUCUGAACAACAACACGCAUAUGAAUCAAUUUUGCAGAAAGUCAUUCUAAAUGAAUCUGCUGCAUUUUUCAUUGAUGGUCCGGGCGGAACAGGGAAAACAUUCUUAUAUAAAGCACUUCUCGCUACAGUAAGAUCAAGAAACUUAAUUGCUCUUGCAACUAUAUCGUCUGGUGUUGCUGCAUCUAUUUUACUUGGGGGUCGAACAGCCCAUUCACGCUUCAAAAUUCCAUUAGAUCUUGACAAAAAUAGUACUUGUUGUGUAAGCAAACAAGGUGCUCUUGCCAAAUUGUUACGUCUUGCAAAGUUAAUCAUAUGGGAUGAAGUACCUAUGUCUAGAAAAGAAUGUAUGCAAGCAUUGGAUAAAAUGUUACGAGACAUAACUAAUUCAAGAUUACCAUUUGGUGGAAAAAUUAUCGUAUUCGGUGGAGAUUUUCGUCAAGUCUUACCUGUGAUUCGUAAAGGCACAAGACAAGAAGAAGUUAAUGCCAGUUUAGCAUCGUCAUAUUUGUGGUCUACUUUAACUAAGAUUAGGUUGAGUGAAAAUAUGCGAGCAAGAUUCGAUCCAAACUUCUCAAAUUAUUUACUUCAGGUCGAAAAUGGAACAACACCAAUCACAAUUGAGAAUAAGAUCAAAAUUUCCAAUGAAAUGCUCAUUCCUUUCAAAAAUGAUGUGGAGUCUUUAGAUGAUCUGAUCGAUGCAGUCUUCCAAGAUAUUGGCAGCUAUUCAGAAAAUUUAUCCGAAAUGACAAAUUGA